CACUUAUCCUGGUGCUAUAGGAACUCAAGAUGGAGGUGGUUGUUCUUAAAUUUCUCGUUCCUCUACUAGAAGUUUCAGAUCAUUUCCCCGGUCAAGACAGCAAGUUUCAGUUUCAGUUUCAGUCUUUACGGUCAGCACAGAGUAGCUCACUGUAAUAAACAAAUAAAUAAAUUCUUGUUUAUUUAACAGUAUCGUUUUGUAUGACGCUUAUAUUGCUUUGUUUCUGGAUGAGGUAGUGUCUAAAAGCCGCGCCCUAAAACAUACAUGCGUUUACGUUAAACCAAUGGACAUGCGCACUUGCGGGUUGCUGACUUUUUUCCGCCUUAACUUUUAUAGACCCAACUUGUUGGUUCUGAUGCACCCAAACGCGGACUGUUUUCUUCUUCUUUUUUCAUUUUUUCAGACUGAGCAAAGGAUAUUCCGUUGUUUCACUUCCACGGCCUGCAGCCUACAACCUAAAAAAGAAAUAUAAACAAGAAUAAUCUGUCCCUGUCUCGGCGGAUGUCGGGUAGGAAGCAGUAAUCUCUGAGGUGUAGAGACAGAAACGUAGUCAGCGAUGGCCUGCGCUAAAGUCAGUCCUGACAGGCUUAAGGGCCCCAGGCCUCAAUUCCCUGGUUCCAGCCACCAUUAUCUUUCCGGCUUACCAAAACAUGACUCAGACUCUCCUGAAUUGUCUUCUGAUUCUUAUGAAAGCAUUUCUGACUGCACAUCCAGUGACUCAGAGGACCAGAGAGAGCCUGGUGCAGUGCAGGCAGUGGCAAGAGGUUUUAGGACUUUUCGCCUUCAUGCUGGACAGUUUAAGUGCAGAUUCACAGACCUUGUGUUUGAUAUGAAAGGGGAACGAAAAGUGAUGCGCAAAGUAGUGUCCUGGGACAGCAGUGUCUUGGAUGGAUUACGCCACAUGGAACCUGCAGGACCUCUGUACAGUAUCGAGUGCCAUAAAGGUUCAAUCCGUCGCCUGCACCUUCCACACUGUGAGACCCAUACAGAUGUUAAAUUGACUGUGGCUCAUGUGACUGGUGGAAAUGUGGAAGUGCUUCAGCCUCUAAAAGUAACUAAGACACAUGUGAUCAUAGAAGUUCAGAAUCUCUCACUUUUUGGUCUCUUAAAAACAUUGCUGCUCCCAGCAUAUCCCAUCACAGCCCAAGUUCUGCUGUUCUUUGAGAAAAGCCUGAAUAAACUUCACAUCCAUCUGCUGCCAGGAAAUGUCCCUGUUCAAGAGGUGCAGAAGAGACAUGAGAACAUCAGAUACAUUACAACAAGCUCCAAAUGUGUGCUGACCCCUGGUAAAAAAUACAGGUCAUGCUGUAAAACUACUGAUCGUGAAUAUGUUUCCCAACCAGAGGAUGAGAAGUUUGAGUGUGACUAUGGACCCAACUACCACCCUACAUUUGAGGUGUUCCUAAAUACUGGGGUUACAAAAGUCACAUUAAGUCUUUUGGAUGAAAAUGGCCUUGUGGUGUGGAAGCCUCGUGAUGUCAAGCUCACAGGAAUGGUAGCUCUGGGUGCAAUCUUUACAAUCAGUAAAGAUUCAUUUGGUGCUGACUUUGUGGAUAAAUACAAAGCAGAUCUCAUUCAGAGAGUUCCUUCAGUAAUGGAGAUAGCAGACUGUAUCAAAAGCAAGGAAUUUACUAGUGAAAUGUACAAUAAGAUCCAUGCAGAGGCAACACCACAAGACAAAAUGAGAGAAUUGUACAAAUAUCUCAACUCAGCAGGACGAGCUGCAAAAGCUGAAUUCUAUCACAUUCUUCGAGAGAAACAUUGUGAUUUAGUGACGGAGCUGGAGACAGGAUCGGGUCUGGAUUAGAGGAAGUUUAACAGAGUAAAUCACAUGCAGAGCCUUGUUUGUGUAGCAGAAAUAUAGAGAUUAUAGAAGUUUCAUUGUUUUAAUAAUGUAUUACUGUGAACCUUUUAGAUCAAGCCACCAUUUGUUAUUAUUUUGCAAAAGUCAUUUAAUCUUAAAGGUAGAUGUAGAGUAUUUUGUUUUAGUGUAUAAUGGCAUCAGCACAAACAGAGAGAGAGAGAAAAAUAAUUUAAUGGUAAUGGUCAUUGUUUUUGUAUUAUUGUUUGUGGAGAAACAUGAAAUCACAAAUUAGUCUCUGAACAUCAGCAAUAAUAGAUAUAAAAUAAUAACAAAUAAUAUACAAAAAAUACAUGUUUUAAAA